CCGAGCAUGGAGGUCAACUUCAGCCUCGGCUUCAAGAGCCCGUGCUUCUUCACGAUGCUCAACCUCGCCGGGUACCAGAUCCCGCUCCUUGAGCGCAACGUCGUCGAGUGGUGCGAGCGCAUCGUCGCCGUGCUCAACAAGGAGCGCAUGGAGGGCACGCUGGACGCCAUUGUGCAUGCGCAGCUCGACGCGACAAGGCGCCCGCUUUUCGCGAUCAAGAUGGUCUCGAGCUUUGCCAACGAUGGCACGUCGUCGCCGCGCAUCAUGCUCGGGUCGGAGCAAGGCGCCGCGGUCACGCUCACGCACCAGAUCGCGGUCGCCCUCGUCGACGCCAUGAUGAGCGCUGAAGCGCCGAUUAGCGCGAAAGACCUCGCGACGACCAAGCGCCACAUCGCACAGCUUCAGAAGCGCAUUGCCAAGGCCGCUCCAAACGACAAGGUGUACGCGAUGAUUGCAGAGCGCAAGUACAGCGAGACCCGAGCGAAACUGCAUCCAUCAACAUGAUUCUUGGUUCCCCUCUCGAUGGCAUCCCGACAGCUUUGCCUCGAAUCUACACGUUGAUGCAUAUCUGGUCACGGUCAACCGCACACUCUGAUUUGCAUCCUCCCGCGGACAAGACAGACACUAGCAACCUCAUACAUGUAAGCAUCCAUCCUUGCAUGUACCAG